AUGUCGAACAAGUGUUUAUCCAGUUUCGUACUUUUUUUAAUGUUAAUCGUUAAUCUUUUUUUUUGUUGUAGGGAGCAAUAUCUUUUCAACGUUUUCGAAGUCAUUAUAUCAACUUUGGAAUCGAAACUUCAAAGAAUCGAAAAUUUAGACAAAGCCGUAGAACAUCUCAUGAGAAGAAUAGAAUCCAUCGACGGGAGAGUCACAAACAACAUUCUCAAAACGGAUUCUAUAAUAACGAAACUUCGAGUUCUGGAUCAAAAAUUAUUUCAAACGACUCAGAGUAACGAAAUAAAAGGUGGUAACAAAUUGAAAGAUGGCGAUAAUGGCCUCGAUCAAAGGCUUACGACGCUCGAUAAGAAAGUGAAUGAUAUAGAUAAAAAAUUAGCGGGAUUGAAAACCCAAUUGGAACAAAAUGUGCUUUCCGCUGAUGAUAUUAAAGCGGAAGCCAGCGAAAAGAAACCCAUACAUAUGAAUUUGCUCGAUGCUUCGAAAGCUAUCGGCAACGAAAUUUCCAACCAGGUGACAAAAGAAGUCAAAUCCGGAUUGGAAAACCUAGAGAAAAAAUUCAAUUACCAAUUAAACAAUCACAGAGACAACAUUAACAGAAUGUUGGUAAUGGUGGAAGAUAUACAUUACGCGAUCGUCGAACCCAGAAUAAUGACCAACAAAUCAACAGCAACAUCAAAUACGGGUGCGGCUACGAGCAAAAUCGAUAGAUUGGUUCAAAAAAUGAAUCCGAUAUUGAGCGUGAGCGAAAAAAUGGACGAAGUUUGGGAUGUCGUGGUGGGAACGAAAAGUUCGGUCGACGAUUUGGUACCCAAAUCCGACGAAUUAUUAACUCAAACUCAGAGACAAGAAAGAGCCAUCAGCAACAUUCACACGGAUUUGAGAUUGAAAACGAACAAAAUUAUUGAAAAUCUUAACCUUGUCGACAAGAGAUUAAAAAAACAAGAAGAUGAAGUCAUUAAUCUAGCUACCAGGCCAGUGCCAGCUGAAUUUUUGUUAGAUCCGACGAUUGAUAGAUUGGUCGAAUACGACAACACGAGGUACACGGUAGAUUCGGAGCCAUCUUCGACUUUGCAACAAACGGAACAACCUUUACCGCUCAGUUUCACGACUCCUACUUCGACCGUUUCUUCCGCUCUUCCGACCGUCGUUUCCACAGCCUCGCCCAUCAUUCGUGAAAAUGGAAAUAAAGCCACUCACAGAGGAAUCAUAUUUCCAAGUGUGAAAAACAAACCCUCUCUCAGCAACACGACGUUUACCACAGAUGUUGUGGCAACAAUUAAAGACGUUAGAGGAUUUUCCUGUUCUGAUAUUUUAAAUGCUGGCAUGAGAGAAUCCGGAGUGUAUUACCUUCAAAUAAGAGGUACUACAUAUUGGUUCCUCAAAGUUUAUUGCGAGCAGGAAGCAGAAGAUGGAGGCUGGACCGUCAUUCACAGAAGAGACGAUUUCGGAGAACCGCGAGAAAAUUUCAAUAGAGAUUGGAACGAUUAUAAAAACGGUUUCGGAGAUCCGGCUAAAGAAUUUUGGCUUGGAAACGAAAACAUUUACAUGUUGACGAACAACGAAGAUUACAUACUCCGAAUCGAAUUGGAAGAUUUCGAAGGAAACAAGAGGUACGCGCAAUAUUCCCACUUCAAAAUAUAUUCGGAAGCAGAAUAUUACAAACUUGAAAUCGACGGUUACGAAGGAAACGCGGGAGAUUCAUUAAACGAUCCGUGGUACGGCAGCAACAACAGUCCGUUCUCUACUUACAACAGAGACAACGAUAGAUCAAGUCUCAAUUGUGCCUCCAUGCUCAAGGGAGGUUGGUGGUGGAAAUCAUGCGGUCGAGGACUUAACGGUCUUUACCUAACGGAUCCGCAAGAUAUAGCGGCUAGACAAGGUAUCGUUUGGUUCAGGUGGAGAGGAUGGGACUACACAUUGAAAAGAGCUUCCAUGAUGAUAAAACCCAAAGGGAUAUUGACAAGCACAUGA